AUGCCAGCAUUACCCAAAUCUAUCCUGAUGAAGCCAUCCUCCUCAUCGUUCUAUGGUUCAUCUGGAUCAUCUGCAUCCUCUUCAAGGGCUAUGAACUCCCACACCCCUCCAGACGGGGAGACAGCCCAGUUCCUGGCCAAGCAGGAAGUAGUGUGGAAGGGCUUCCUCAACAUGAUCAGCGUGGCCAAGUUCGUCACCAAGGGCUAUCUGGUCUCAGGACCCUCCGUAUACCUCAAUGAGGAGCUGUGUGUGAUUCGGUUCCACCCAGUGACAGAGGAGGAGGAGGUGGCCUACGUGUCUCUGUUCUCCUAUUUCAGCAGCAGACGGCUGGUGGUGGCCAACAAAAACCACAACAUCAAGGAUAUCUACCUCAUCCCAGUCAGCGCAAAGGAAUCCAUUCCAACCAAACUCCAACCUUUCGAAGGAUCAGACAUGAGUGUACGAAGCCCAGACAUGAGUGGCCGAGGCCCAGACAUGCAAGUUCCAGGGCCAGACAUGAGGGGUCGAAGCCCAGACAUGAGUGGUCGAGGCCCAGACAUGCGAAGUCCAGGGCCAGCCAUGAGUGUACGAAGCCCAGACAUGAGUGGUCGAGGCCCAGACAUGCAAGUUCCAGGGCCAGACAUGAGGGGUCGAGGCCCAGACAUGAGAGGUCCAGGGCCAGACAUACGAGGUCGAGGCCCAGACAUGCAAGUUCCAGGCCCAGACCUGAGGGGUCGAGGCCCAGACAUGAGAGGUCCAGGGCCAGACAUGAGUGUACGAGGCCCAGACAUGAGUGGUCGAAGCCCAGACAUGCGAGGUCCAGGGCCAGACAUGAGGGGUGAUGGGAGAGGGCUAGACAUCUUGGAUGAUCGAAGAGGUCCAGGGCCAGACAUGAGGGAGCCAGAGACUGAUAUGUGGGGUGAUAUGAGAGGUCCAGGGCCAGACAAGACAGGUCCAGAGCCAGACAUGAGAGGUCCAGAUAUGAGAAAAGAACGGAGACACCCAGAUAUGAGAGAUCCAGGACCCGACAUUAGGAAUCCAAACAUGAGGAGUUCAGGCCCAGAGAUCCAGAAAUGCCAGGCCCAGAUCCAGACCUGAGAAGUCCAGACAUGAAAUGGGACCACUUCACACCUAUAGCUAACUUUGAAGGACAGAGGCCACCAUCGCCUUAUUUCAACAGUCCAAAGAUUUCCUCAUCUGUUCAAAGAGGAAAUUUUGAGGAUCAAAGGGGAACACAUCAUCCUGGUUUCCAUGGCCCCAGGGGUCCUCGUCCCUCGAGGUUCAACCAGCCCAGAGGGUUACCUCCAGGGCAUUUUGCAGACAAUGGGGGGCAGGCACAGUUCCGUUUUGAGUGUCCACAGCCAGUGGUAACACCUGUUCCUGCCUCGCUUGUAACAUCAAGGGAGCACAGUAUACAGAGCCCUUUGGAUAUUCUGAAAUAAAGCCAGAUACCCUCACAAGGUCUUCCCCACAGGGCCUCUCCAAACAACCAGUGUGAGCGGUCCAGCAGUUUAGAGAGGAGAGAUCCUGAUACUAGUGAGGGAAGGAGAAAACCAGGGCCAGAAAUCAGAAGUCCAGAUAUGAUGGGACUAGGGCCAGACACUAGGGGUGAUAGGAGAGGCCCAGGGCCAGACACGAGAGGUCCAAGGCCAGACGUGGGGUAAGAGGAGAGGGCCAGACAUGAGGGGUCCAGGGCCAAACAUGAGAGGUCCAAGGCCAGACAUGUGAGGUCCAAGGCCAGACGUGGGAUAAGAGGAGAGGGCCAGACAUGAGGGGUCCAAGGCCAGACAUGAGGGGUCCAAGGCCAGACAUGAGAGGUCCAAGGCCAGACAUGAGAGGUCCAAGGCCAGACAUGAGAGGUCCAAGACCAGACAUGUGGGAUGAGAGGAGAGGGCCAGACAUGAGAGGUCCAGGGCCAGACACGAGGGGACCAGGGCCAGACACGAGGGGACCAGGGCCAGACACGAGGGGUCCAGGGCCAGACACGAGGGGUCCAGGGCCAGACACGAGGGGUCCAGGGCCAGACACGAGAGUUCCAGGGCCAGAUAUGAGAGGUGAUAGGAGAGGGCCAGACAGGAGAGGUCCCAGUUCAGACAUGAAAGAUCCAGAAUCCGAUACAAGACGUGAUAGGAGAGGUCCAGGGCCAGACAGGAGAGGUCCAGGGCCAGACAUUUUACAUUUACAUUUGAGUAAUUAAUCAGACUCUCUUGUCCAGAGCAUCUUACAGUUAGACAUGAGUGGUUCAGGCUCAGACAGGUGUCCAGAAAUGCCAGGCUCAGAUCCAGACAUGAGAAUUCCAGCUAUAAGAAGAGACCACUUCACAACAACAAACUAUUUUGUAGGACCAAGGGAAGUACAUCGUUUUGGUUUCCAUGGCCCCAGGGCUCCUCGCCCCUUGAGGUUCAACCAGCCCAGAGGCUUAUCUCCAGAGCAUUUCACAGACAACGGGGGGCAGCCACGGUUUGACGGUCCACAGAGGGAAGGGGUUAGAGGGAGGGAAGCAGACAGGCCCAGAGAGGAGGUGGGUGAAAAGCAAAAGACACCCACGGAAAACGACAAAGACAUUGGAAGAGCCACAAGCAUGGAAGGAGAUGCAAACAGAGUUAUCGCUAGUCUACACAAACGUUCACUUUGAAAAGACAGUGACAGAAACAGUUUAAAGGAUGGAAGUGGAAAGAAAGAAGAAGAAAUGGGGGAGAAAUGGUAACAAGGUUGAAUCAACAGACACCCCCCCCCCCCAGACAGAUACCUCCCAGGAGACUACUGGAGACUACGGUUAACAGAAAUGAAUGGACUGUUUUUGAAAUCUUUUGCGCCAUUUUCAGCACUACACACAUUGAAUAUAUCCUGUGAAUACAGUAAGAAAAUCUGUGGGAAAAGUGAUUUGUUUCAGAAUUUAUGGAAAACUUAUUGAAAAGAUCUGACUGGUGGAGUCAAUCACCACCUUCCGGAGACACCUGAAACCCCACCUCUUUAAGGAAUACCUAGGAUAGGAUAAGUAAUCCCUCUUACCCCCCCCCCCUUAAGAUUUAG